UCUCAUGUAUCCACAACCAAUAUGGCAGAGGAGUGUGAUGUUGUUGACAUCGAGGGAGAUGAAUGUGAUGAAAGAAUCGGAGACCUGAGCAGUGCUGAGAUUCUCCAGGAUCAGUACUUGCAGUCUGCAUGGAAGACCAACAGCAGUGUACUGCCAUGGAUGCUGGACAGUGCCAUCAGUGAUGAGAACAGACAGGCCAUUGAGAGCAUGCUGCAGGAGGAACUAUAUUAUUUUGGCAGUAAGAAAGCACCAAAGGUGGCAUGGACCAAUGAGAAGACAAACAUCAAAAAGUCAUUGGUGAAGAGUUCUGGGGUACGAACUCGUUGGGCUGAAGAAGAAAAGGAUCUCUUUGAGAAAGGACUGGCUCAAUAUGGCCACAGGUGGACCAAGAUAGCCAAGCUAAUCGGCACUAGGACGGUUCUACAGGUGAAGAGCUAUGCUAGGCAGUACUUCAAAAAUAAGACUAAAACAGAAGGACCUGCUGAAGUUUCCACCAAUAAAGUGACUUCAGACUCAACAUUCCUAUCUACAGCUAUGGUUUCCUCUGUUCAGCCUCAUUUCUCAGCACUGACCAAUGCUGUGCGCAUCGAACAUCUCUCCGAUGAUGAGGAUGUCGACAUCACCGAUGACCUCAGUGUCGAUGUGCUUCAGCAAGAAAAUCUAUUCAAGCCUUUAUAUACACACAUAGGCGCCCCAGAUUGUGAUGGCCAAGGUGCGUUCAGUCCAUUGCUACCGUCAACUGACAGACCCUCCAACCCUCAGUCUGAAUCAAAUUCCAUAGCUUCAGAUGGACAAGCUGAUCUAGACACAAAUGGAAAUUCUGGUGUCUGUCAGACCGGGAUUGAUACAGAUCCAGAAGAGGAAAGUGUGACCCACCUCUCUCAAUCAGGCAGCCCAGGCAAACACAGCCUGUCUGAGGAUGAGAGCACUGAAGAAGCUGAUAAGACGGAAUUAGGUGAAUGUCCUGAGGAGGAGGAGGUGGAGGAAGACCAAGAGGAUGACGAAGAGCUCAGAGUUCCAGAGCAGGAGGUCACUUUGGAUUUCACCACUGUCACAGAGGACGAGAAGCAGGCCAUCCCUGAAUUCUUUGAGGGUCGCACAUCCAAAACCCCUGAGAGAUAUCUGAAAAUCCGCAAUUACAUCAUAGACCAGUGGGCUAAAAGUAAACCCAAGUACCUGAACAAGACAUCAGUGCGUCCAGGCUUGAAGAACUGUGGGGAUGUAAAUUGCAUUGGUCGAAUACACACCUACUUGGAGCUCAUUGGAGCAAUCAACUUCAACUGUGACCAGGCGAUCUAUAACCGCCCACGGCUGGUUGAUCGCUCUCGGUUAAAGGAAUGUAAAGACAGCCUGGAGGCAUAUCAUCUUGCCCAGAGACUGCAGUCAAUGCGCACAAGGAAGCGUCGCAUUCGGGACAUACAGGGGAAUUGGUGUGAUGCUAAAGGUCUAGAGGGGCAGACAUAUGAGCAUCUGAGUGCAGAGGAGCUGGCCAUCAGGAGAGAAGAAAUGAAGAAGAAAUUACAAAAAGUAUCUAAACUCCCCAAACAAAGAGGAUCUUUUGAUCCAUUCCAGCUUAUUCCAUGCAAGGCGUUUGGAGUGGAAAUACAGGAACCAUACAGAGUGAUAGUUUGUGCUGAGGCCAUUAUUGUCAUGGAUAUACAUGCUCAUGUGUCUAUGGGAGAAGUGAUUGGCCUUUUAGGAGGGACAUUUGAAGUAGAAGAGAAGGUGUUAAAGAUCUCUGCAGCAGAACCGUGUAACAGCCUGAGCACCGGUCUGCAGUGUGAGAUGGACCCUGUCUCUCAGACUCAGGCCUCUGAGCUGCUUGGGGUCAAAGGUCACAGUGUGGUAGGUUGGUACCACUCUCACCCGGCCUUUGACCCCAACCCCUCCAUCAGAGACAUCGACACUCAGGCCAAAUACCAGAGUUAUUUUUCUCGAGGAGGUGCUCCAUUUAUUGGGGUGAUUGUCAGCCCGUAUAACCCUGGUAACCCCUCCUUCUCUCAACGCACCUGUCUGUUGGUACAGGAGGAGACCGAAGCUACUGGACCUCAGAAGCUUCCAUAUCGGUUUGACAUCCAAAAUUCAUCUGAGCUUCCUGAUUGGUCAGAAGUGAUGAGAAGAGCAGAAUGGGUAGUGUUCAAGUACAGGCACAGUCAUGGGAGUGUACCAAUGAAUAGACUUUUCCGUAGAGACUCUUCUCUCACUUGUCUGGAAAAGAUGCUUGUGUCAGUCCGGAAGACUUUGGAGCAGGUCCCAGAGGUUGACGUAGGGACUUACCUGCUGCAAAUUGAAACCUUGUUUCAAACACAUUUUCUCCCUGAGACCAGCUCCUCAUCAUCUCAUUUUCAUGAACCAAUAACACAGCCCCAUUUACUACCAUUCUCCAGCUCUGAGCCAAUCAACAGCAGCCAUGUCUCAGAUGAGACCAUUAUUACUGAAGAGGAAUGCACUGUUGAGUCUGACAGCCGAGAUGAAUUGUACACUACAGGACCUGUCAACCAUAUUAUAAGCUGAAAUGAUGAAGAGGAUGCACCUGUUACACAGUUUGUCAGUGCAGAAUAUUGUGUAAAAAAUUCCAAUGAACCUGGAAACCUGAAUAAAUGACUUUCCUUAAAUCUGCUAUUGCAGAGGAUGAAAAGACAUUUGUAAUGUAUAGACGCUGUUUAAAAUACUUAUAUUUCAAAACUGCUUUAAUGUAGAUUUUUAUAUUAUACGUAAUAGAAUUUAUCCAUUAAAAUGUUAUCUAGAUUUCAUGUUGAGUAUAAACAGAUUAGUCUGAAUAAAGACAACAGUUGCAAACUGUUCA